AUGUCGGCAGACCUGAAUCAUAAGCAGCCUUCAGAGGCUGAGCCGCGGGCUACGGGAGGCUCAGUGCUGCUUCAACCCCCUUCUCGACCCAUUACACGCCGUGUGGUUUCGGAUCGCGAUCACCCGCAUAGCACGCAGUCGCUUCCCCCCGACAGCACCGUCACUCCGAACCUCUGGGAUGCUGUACGUCAGCGUGUCCGCGUCACAUCAGCCCUCAAGAAGGCACCCUCAGACAGCAAGCGCCGCUCUCGCGCAUUCGAGGACGAGCGCAGAUUUGACGAUGAAGGCAUCACCUCCGACACUCUUCGCUCCGACAUCACUCAUCUCCUUGCGCCUGGCCAAUAUACAGAGCAAUGGCAGUCUCUCGCUCAUCUCUUCGACGCUGCUGAGCAGAAUCAAGCAAAGCAUUCACGUAAUCGAAAGAGCAAACGUCUAUCCUAUCCACACUCUGAAGAGCCAGAUCCAGAUGGCUCCCUAGCAAGCUUCACCGCUCCAUUUUCCUUCAAAGGCGGCUCUAGCUUUAAGCUUCGCUCACGGCCUUCCAAGACAGAUGCUGGCCCGCAGCACCCAUCUCACCACAGUCGGUAUCGAGGCACGACAGCUUUGACAUCCGAGGCAUCCGCUACAUUACCUCAGAUGAUUGGACAGGCUCAGGAGGAAGACGUGCUAGCGCAUAGGGUCUCACUCAGCGACGAGCCGACAAGCAUGCUGGCCAACGAUCCCGACCAGACUCCGCUCGGUGAGGAUCCUCUGCUCUAUUCGACCGAGGACCAUCUGCUUGAGACAGAUUCGGACUCGGACUCGGACACCGACAAUGACUCAGACACAGAACUAGAGGUAGAUAUUCAGGUCCCUGUGCAAGGCGGACGUAACCAAGGUAUCGGUCGACCCCACCAAAGCGGCACAACAACGAGGCCCAAGCCUGCAGAACCGAGUGGUUCGCGCCUCGGGACCAUGUUGCAGUCUCUUGCCGGUCUGGUCUCUGGCCUCAACAUCACUCUGCUCCAUCGGAGCAUCAUCAAGUGUGCAAUCGCCUACUUUGUCGCUUCUCUCUUCACCUACACGCCCGCUCUGAGUCGUUGGCUCGCCAGCUUCUUACCCAACAACGACCCAGAGGACGACGUGCCCUUCUCCAAUCUGCACAUGAUCGCAACGGUAGCUGUCUACUUCCAUCCUGCCAAGACCCUCGGUGCUAUGGUCGAAGCUGACCUAUUCGCGCUCGGCGCCUUCAUCUACGCGGUCACUCUUGGCUUUUGCUCUAUGGCUGUUGCAGUCUUCCUGCACGAGGUGGACAGGAUCCUUGUUUCCGACAUCAUUAGUGUCCUCUUCUUCCUUGGUAUUGGCAUGGCGCUCGUCGGAUAUGCAAAGAUCAAGGUGGCCAAGCCACAGUUCAACACAGCAUGUUCGCUCAUCUCGAUCAUCGUCUUCACUGUCGUUGUUAAGGAAGGCUCUCUACACCUUGGUCACUUUUCAACUGAGAAGACGUUUCAGGUCUCACUGGUCGUGCUGGCCGGCUCGCUCAUCAGUAACCUGGUUUGCUUUUACAUUUGGCCGCAGAGCGCCACGUCCAACCUGCAAAGCGACAUAGUGCGCAACUUGCGAGGAUUCUCUACGCUACUUCGAGUCCUCACAAAGACGUUCCUGCUCGAAGAUCCUUCCAACUUCAACUUCAAGAGCGAUCGCAUCAAGCGCGCCAUUGAUGAUCACCACGACAGUUUCACUUCGCUCAAGAAGAAUCUAGAGGAGGCGAAGCUCGAGUCACUCUUCGAUCUCAGAAUGCGUGGUCAGAGUGCAAAGUAUAUCCAGGUCACAGACUCGCUCAAUAGGCUGGCGCAGCAUCUGACGGGUCUCAGAAGUAGUUGUGGUCUUCAGCACCAGAUCAUGGCGGCACGCAGAGAGGCUCAACGCGCCGCAAAAGAGCAACAAGGAGCGUCGUCCGCAGCGCAUCCACAGAACAGCCGGUCUUCGUCGCGUGCCAGAUCCUGUCCUGCUUCGAGCAGGUUGGCUGAUCUGUUUGAGAGGGAUGCUGAUGCUGAAGAUCUCAGCAGCGACUCGGCACAUGCAUCUGCCUCGGCUGCCACCGAGAACGCAAGUGCCGCAACAGUCUUCGAAGACUUCAUUGCCAGCGUCGGACCACACAUGUGCAGCCUCGUCUUCUCGUGUUGUCGAACUUUGAAGGGUCUCAGGUCCACCUUCGUCGCGCGCGACCCCAUCAGCUCUGACUCCAAGACGCUGGCACAAGAAGCUUCGGCAUUCGCCGCAGCGAACGGCGGAACAAGCACUUGGCAUGACUUUGGCACAACCACAGACGCCUACAUUCCUGGAACGAGCUUUGACGGACUUCAAACCGACAUCUCCAACGCACUGAAACGCUUUCAGCACGAGCAGACCGUUGCGAUCAAGCGCAUUUACACUAUGGAGCCAAAAAAGAUGGCAGAGAUGGACGUCGGUGAAUCGCAUAAGGGCGAAAGUGUUGUCGGCUCCCUUCUACAGAAGAGCAACGGAGACGAAGAUGUCUUUCUCAUAUUCUUCUUCGUCUUCAACUUGGAAGAGUUCGCCAAAGAGCUCGAAGUGCUUGUUGAAGCGCUGGAAGAGAUCCGACAAGCAGAAGAGCGCAUCGCUUUGGCAAGAGAGACUUCGCGAUGGACGCGUAUGCGUCUUUUCCUCAGCACCCUCGGCAUGAUGCUUUCGGAUUACAGCAGCAUGCUCGGCUGGCGAUGGGGUUCAGGAGGCAACAGGAAACAACGUUUCAAGCAUGGCAAGUCGGCAAAGACAGCCGCCGCAGCAAAAAAGAUGACCACUCCGCUCGACUUUCCCUCCAACCGCCGUCAUGCUGUCAACACGCAUCAGACACCGAAAGUCGAGACAUGGAAGGGCAAGCUGCAACGUUUGUUUUGGAACAUCGGCGAGUUCUUCCGUCAGCCUGACACAAAAUUCGCGAUCAAGGCUGGCGUUGGAAGCGCGCUCCUAGCAAGUCCUGCGUUCUUCCCGUCAACUCGGCCGAUCUUCAAGAAGUUUCAGGGCCAAUGGGCUCUAGUCAGCUUCAUGGUUGUCCUUUCGCCAACGGUGGGACAGUCGAACCAUAUGAGUCUGCAUCGUAUUUUGGGUACGAUCACUGGAGCUUUGGCCGCAGUGGGCAUCUACAAGCUCUUCCCGGAUAACAACAUCGUGCUGCCGUUGUUCGGGGUGCUGUUCUCGAUGCCUUGUUUCAGAUAUAUUGUGGGCAAGCCUCAAUUGGCGUCGAGUGGCCGCUUCGUGCUGCUGACGUACAACUUGACAGCUCUGUACAGCUACAAUCUGCGCAAGACGAACGUUGAGGUCGAGCAGAUUGCCUAUCAGCGCACGGUGUCGGUGGUUGUUGGUGUGCUGUGGGCGACGGUGCUGAAUCAGCUGAUCUGGCCUUUCGAAGCAAGGAGACAGCUAGCAUUGGGCGUAUCAGAUGUGCUAUUCAAGCUCGCCUGGCUUUACCAACGUCUAGUCUUGUCUUACUCCAGAGACCCUUUGCAAGCGCGAGCUGGUCGACGUCAUACCGGAGCAGACGGCGAAGAUGAUAGCUACGAGGGCAGUGACGGCGACCAACACAACCAAGAAGCAGACGACGAAGAAGCAUCGCUCCUCGGCACCUUUGCCUCUCGACACGGUGACGAGUUCCAAGCGAUCGAAUUGCACCUGCAAGUCUCACUCAUCAAACUGGAAGGACUCCUGGCACAAACCAAACACGAGUUCCGUCUGAAAGGACCCUUCCCCGUCGCCACCUAUCGCUCUAUGCUCUCCUGUUGUCAAAACAUCCUUGACAAGCUGCAUAGCAUGCGAUGUGUCACCACACGACAAGACUGGUAUCGUCACGUCCGACGAGACUUUGUGAUUCCUGUCAACGCCGAAAGACGCGAGAUGGUAGGCAACGUCUUGCUCUACUUUUACACUCUCGGCUCGGCUUUUCAUCUGAAAUCGCCUGUGCCACCUUACUUCCCACCUGCUGGACAAUGCAGAACUCGCCUGUUGGAGCGAAUCAGAGAACUUCCGGUGGUGAAACGAAGAGCGGUUCGAGGGUCGAGUGCUUACUUGUUGUUCUACUCGUACGCACUGGCGAUGAAGGAUGUAAUUGACCGAUUGGACCAGUUGGCAAGGUUGACACAGGAAAACUUUGGAGUUUGGGGUGGAAGUGUGCAGGACUUUGAAAGACAUUUCCAGGCAAGAGCUGAAUCUGUCAUGCCGAGUCCGGUGGCUAGUAAACGGUCAAGUCGUGCGACUCUUGGCUCUGCACAGUGA